UCGGCGUACUGUUGUCUAGAAGAAUAGAAAUAAAAUUUGUCUGUACUUGCCGAGAUACUCAAUUUCACAAGUAUCUAGUAAACAACCAUUACAGUGUAUUCGAUAUGCCCAAGGACAUCGAGGAAAAAAGUAGUUCUAGUAACUCGGUCGCUCAAAAUAAUGAAGAGGAUUUGGACGAAGAAGGAUGCUGUCGAUGUUGUCAUUGCGGUUCAGGCCAAGAGGAUGCAAAAAGUCAGAAUUACCUGAAGAUGAGGGAGCAUCUUCAACAAAGACUUAAAGCAAAAAACCUCACUCAUUCAGCGUGUGAUUCAUCCACUGGUUCUAGAAGUAGUUCAUCAAAUUGUAACAUUGAUGGCUAUGCUGAGUUGGAUUAUCUGGUUAAAUAUAUUGAAGGGCAUAAAGCACCUCAAAAAAUUGGACCACAUAAUCCAAAACGAGCAGCCAAAAAGGCACGACAAAAGGAAAAAAAGUUAGAACAAAAGAAGGCAGAAGAACUUGCAGCAAGACAACAACAGAAGAAACCUGUACCCUCUCCUGUUCCGUCUAAAGUUUCUCAGGAAAGAGUACCAAAUGGAAUGGUGCGAAUUACCCACAAUCCGCUGACCAAUUCUGCUGUGAUCACUCCAUUGUAUGGGCCUCUUGAACCCAACCCUUCCUAUUUGCAGCAACCACUGGGUCUCUCUCAACCAGUACAACUGGCUCCUCCUCCAAGCUCCAUCUCUGUUGUUCCCACCAGAACAAGCCCUGUUCCAAUCCCCAAUACAGGAUCCAAACCUGUACCACAGCAGCAAACUUCUGUCUCAGGCUUAGCGGGUAACACUUCCACAUCAUCGCAACCCCAGCAAAUGGUUACUAUACGGCGCGUCAUGCAACCAAAUCUCAGUGAGCCGGUAGUGACGGUCACUCUCAAGGGAGAAACACCCGACAACGACAGAGUCCUUUUCACUCUGGUCAACGGGCAAGUUCUUCCUACUGAUAAGUCGGCGGGUGUUACGUCUAAUUCUCUAGCUGGGAAUUCGACCCUUCCGUUGCAAAGUUCGAGUAUGACAUCAUCCAGAACCUCGGAGCCAACUUCCACUCCCGCUCAAUCAGUGAAAAAGCAGAAGAAACAGGAAAAGAAAAAGCAAAAGAAGCUAUUACUAAAGGCUGCUUCCAACGUUGAAUCUGCAGCGCAGCCUCCCCAAGUCGAACAAAUACAAAAGCUUUUGAACCCUCAGUAUCCUAGCCAGCAACAAGACUUCACUUUGGAUAAUUUUCGAUUACCCCCAGGCAUAACUCUCACACGAGUGCAGGGUUCUCAUUCUCCUGUGCACCCUGAGCUUCCGAUGCGAAUGGUGGAUCGAACUAAACGGGAGAAUAGCUAUCCGGCAACUAGUACCACUUCAGCUGGACCUAAUCCAAUAAUUGUCACAUCACCGCUUAGUGCCCCAAAAGCAAAAGAAUCUUUAGGUUCUCUCGGGGGUCUAGCCGCACCCAAUGUCAUUGUGGUUGAUACUCGUAAGAUCCAGCAGCAGCCAACAAUUCAUCAACAACAACAACCCAGAGUGGUCCAAACUUGUAGCGUGGGUGUACAAACGGGAGAAGACGACGUCGACGAAGAGUUAUCCCAUAACGUAUGCCCGUUAAAUAAACAACAGCGGAAGAAACUUCGGAGGAGAGAAAAACUCCUAGAGGAGCAGGCUGUUUUGAACCAAUUGGCUAAUAUGCAGUUGGACCCCAACUCGAAGAAAGUUGGUGACAGUGGCAAAAAGAAUGAAAUAGCCCCUACAAAACUACUCAAUAACCAGGCCAAAUCAGUACCCCCUCAGGCAGUUGGGCGGGGGAAGCCGUCUAAUGCUGCUAACCUCAGGAGUACAACUAGUAGUGCUACUUCCACGACGGGAGGGAAAACUAGUUCGAAGAAAAAGAAGAAGUCACGACCGUCUGCAUGCGCACAGGCGAGCGAGGAUAAAUGGGAAGAAAAUGUUUUUGUGCCUAAAUCGGAUUUGGAUUUAGAAGGUGGGGAUUUGGACGAUGACGAAAGGGAGUUAGAAGCCUUUAAGCGAUUUUGUUUCAACACAGUGCCACCGGAGCGGAAAGAAAAGGUUCGAAUCCAUCUCAACGUUAAAGACAUUUUUGGUAAGAAGUCCAAUGGCCUUCAAAUGACUUCAUGCAAAUAACAGUUAAAUGGAAUCAUGCAAGACACGGUGAAACGAUGUUUGGAGAGAGGGAAACCAUACGUGUAUUUUGUACAAUUGUUUGUUGGAUGAAACAAAGAAUCCUUCGACCAGUGGAUUUAUGGUGAUCGUUACUGAAGUAGGUCACAGCCACGUCGGUAUUACACAAAAUGUUUACCCUAUUUCUUUUUU